AUGUGUCGCUUAAUUCGCUUUCAAGAGACCUGUAAUUGCAAUUCAGAAUCAGACCAAGCUUGCCUUCCUCAUCCCCAGACCAACUACCCAGAACCCGACAUGUCUGCUCCAUUGAUACUCAAAACCCUAACAUCCCAUCCACAACAUCUACAGGAAGAAGCAGAGGAAGAAGAAGUAGAAACACAAUUAGAAGCUUAUGAUCAAGAAAAUCCAUCCGCUACUAAUGAUUCUGCUGAUACAUCUUUUAAUACUACUACAACCCAUCUCUCUCACCUCUCUCUUGCAAUUAAUGAAGCCAAGUCCAUAGCUAACAUAGCUCUCCCCAUGGUCCUUACAGGCCUCUUACUUUACCCACGCUCCAUGAUCUCCAUGCUCUUCCUUGGACGCUUAGGCGAUCUCGCCUUAGCCGGUGGUUCAUUAGCCAUUGGCUUCGCGAACAUCACCGGUUACUCCAUACUCUCUGGCCUCGCCAUGGGAAUGGAACCCAUAUGUGGCCAAGCCUUUGGUGCCAAAAAACACACUCUCCUCGGCCUCGCCUUACAGAGAACUAUCCUUCUCCUUCUUGUCACCUCAAUCCCAAUCGCCUUCCUUUGGUUAAAUGUGGAAAGAAUUCUCAUUUAUUGCGGCCAAGACGCAGACAUAGCUAAAGAAGCCCAAUCCUACAUUCUCUAUUCUCUCCCGGACCUCCUUGCUCAAUCACUCCUCCACCCACUUCGAAUCUACCUUCGAAGCCAAUCCAUAACACUACCCUUAACUUACUGUGCCACUUUAGCAAUCCUUCUUCACAUACCCAUCAAUUAUCUUCUCGUCUCAGUACUCAAUCUUGGAAUCAAAGGCGUGGCUUUCAGCGGCGUUUGGACUAAUUUCAACCUCGUGGGUUCUCUAAUCCUCUAUAUCUAUAUCUUCGGUGUAUACAAGAAGACCUGGGGAGGUAUCUCUUGGGAAUGCUUAGAAGGAUGGAAAUCACUCCUCAAUUUGGCCAUUCCAAGCUGCAUUUCAGUCUGUUUAGAGUGGUGGUGGUAUGAAAUCAUGAUUCUUUUAUGUGGGCUUCUAUCAAAUCCAAAAACAACAGUGGCAUCUAUGGGAAUACUGAUCCAAACUACGGCCUUAAUCUACAUAUUCCCAUCUUCUUUAUCCUUCAGUGUAUCCACAAGGGUGGGUAAUGAAUUGGGCGCAAACCGGCCGGGGAAAGCUAGGCUCGCAGCUCUCGUGGGUCUAUUGUUUAGCUUCUUAUUGGGAUUUUCAGCAUUGAUGUUUGCAUUGGCGGUGAGAUCAGUUUGGGCGAGGAUGUUUACAUUGGAUGCAGAGAUCAUUGGAUUGACUACCAUUGUUUUGCCUAUAAUUGGAUUGUGUGAGCUUGGGAAUUGUCCACAGACUACAGGGUGUGGAGUAUUAAGAGGAACUGCGCAGCCAAGGGUGGGAGCUAAUAUAAAUUUGGGUUCUUUUUAUCUGGUUGGGAUGCCGGUGGCAGUUGGGUUGGGAUUCUUUGCUGGUUAUGACUUUAAAGGGUUGUGGUUGGGACUCUUGGCGGCUCAAUUCUCUUGCAUGGUGAUCAUGAUAUUAGUUCUGGGUAGAACAAAUUGGGAUCUGCAAGCCCAGAAGGCGCAAGCACUGACCGGAGCUGAGGAAGAGAAGCCAUUCAAGGAUGGAGAGAAGGCUUCCUCGGACAAUAUUAUUAUAAAAAUCAAGGACUCACCAGUGUAA